AUGCGGCGCCUGACUCGCCGCCUUGUGCUGCCGAUCUUUGGGGUGCUCUGGAUCACUGUGAUGCUGUUCUUCUGGGUAACCAAGAGGAAGUUCGAAGUGCCGACGGGACCUGAAGCGCAGACCCCCAAGCCUUCGGAAGCUGACUGGGACGACCUGUGGGACCAAUUUGAUGAGCGGAGGUAUCUGAAUGCCAAAAAGUGGCGUUUUGGUGAUGAUCCCUACAAGCUGUAUGCUUUCAACCAGCGGGAGAGCGAGAGGAUCGCCAGCAAUCGGGCUGUCCCGGACACUCGCCACAUGAGAUGCAGCUUGCUGCUGUAUUGCUCAGACCUCCCGCCCACCAGCAUCAUCAUCACCUUCCAUAACGAGGCCCGCUCCACGCUGCUCAGAACCAUCCGCAGUGUAUUAAACCGCACCCCUAUGCAUCUGAUCCAGGAAAUCAUAUUAGUGGAUGACUUCAGCAAUGACCCUGAUGACUGCAAACUGCUGAUCAAGUUGCCCAAAGUGAAAUGCCUACGCAAUUAUGAGCGACAAGGUCUGGUUCGAUCCCGUAUUCGGGGUGCUGAGGCUGCCCAAGGUUCCACUCUUACUUUCCUUGACAGCCACUGUGAAGUGAAUCGGGACUGGCUCCAGCCACUGUUGCACAGAGUCAAAGAGGACUAUACCCGGGUGGUCUGCCCAGUGAUUGACAUCAUCAACCUGGAUACAUUUAACUACAUAGAGUCUGCCUCGGAGCUGAGAGGGGGGUUUGACUGGAGCCUCCACUUCCAAUGGGAACAGCUCUCCCCAGAGCAGAGGGCUCGGCGUCUAGACCCCACUGAGCCCAUUAGGACUCCAAUCAUAGCAGGAGGACUCUUCGUGAUUGACAAAAAUUGGUUCAACUACCUGGGGAAGUACGAUACGGAAAUGGACAUCUGGGGUGGGGAGAACUUUGAAAUCUCCUUCAGGGUGUGGAUGUGUGGUGGCAGCCUGGAGAUCCUCCCCUGCAGCCGUGUGGGGCAUGUCUUCCGGAAGAAGCACCCAUAUGUUUUCCCGGAUGGAAAUGCCAAUACUUAUAUAAAGAACACCAAGCGGACAGCUGAGGUAUGGAUGGAUGAAUACAAACAGUACUAUUAUGCUGCCAGGCCUUUUGCACUAGAGAGGCCCUUUGGGAAUGUUGAGAGCAGGAAGAAUCUGAGGAGCACUCUACAUUGUGAGACGUUCAAGUGGUAUCUGGAGAAUGUCUACCCAGAACUCAGGAUCCCCAAGGACUCUUCGAUCCAGAAGGGCAGCAUCCGGCAGAGGCACAGGUGCCUGGAGACAAAAAAGUCAAAAAACCAAGAGACCCCCAGCCUGAAAUUAAGCCCCUGUAUCAAGACCAAAGGCGAGGAAGCAAAGUCACAGGUGUGGGCCCUCACGUACAACCAGCAGAUCCUCCAGGACGAGCUGUGCCUCUCGGUCACCACCUUCUUCCCUGGUGCGCCAGUGGUUCUUGUGCUUUGCAGCAACGAAGAUGACAAACAGCGAUGGACUAAGGCGGGCUCCCGCAUCGAGCACAUGGCCUCCCACCUGUGCCUGGACACGGACACAUUUGGAGAGGGCUCAGAGAAUGACAGCGAGGUCGUCAUCAACCCGUGUGAGUCCUCACUCAUCACCCAGCACUGGGACAUGGUGAGCUCCUGA